AGUUAUUUUCGAUCCCCUUCGUUGCGUAGUCGCCGUACGUCCGUAGAUCUUCUUUUCUGACCGAUCAUCGCCUGCUACGAUGCCUCGUUCACGUCCGUGUAUUAAUUAUUGUACACCACUCGCGAUUUUCGUAACAGAGGCAUCGUGAAUGGUUGUGUGUGUGUGAAUGUGUUUAUUUUUUGAUUCGAGGAUUUAGUGACCUUGACCUCUGGCCAUCCUAUUUAUUAACUAAACUUCGUAUUUUUUAUAAGAUUAUGGAUGAGACGAAGAUAAAAACUUGCGUAAAUUGACUGUUGGCAUCGUGGUUCAAACUGGCGCAUCAGUUUUGGAUUUCGUACCCGCCACCGGCGGCGGCGGGCAGCUCCACCGGCGCCAAAGAAAAGGAAAAAGAAAAAAUUUUAGAAGAAGAAAGAAAAGUUACAAGCAAAGAACAAAGACAAUUGGAAUACGACAUCGCAGUUAAAGAACAUCAUCGAUCUCAAAGGGAGCAAUGGGAAAUCCGUCAACUAGACAAUGAUUUACUGCAACAAAGACAUUCGGAAAGAGAACGCGAAAGGGAACAAAAAGAAUUGGCCGAUCAACGUUUAUUGAUCGAAACUAGCGGUGGUAAUACAGAAAAAGCCGGUUCUUCGACGGCCGCCAUUACGACAUCAUCUGCUAUCGAACAUGACGACAUCAAACUCCAAAUGAUGUGUCGCGCGCCGAUAGCGAGCCUGGACUGUAUGGAAGAGUUCAGUGCCGGUAGCGGGCUUAGCGGUUUGGCGGAACGCGGAGGAACCGGUGAUUCCGCGAUAACGAAAGAGCAGCUACUUCUGAGCGGGUUGACGCAUUCGGCGCCGACUGUACCUCUACAAUUGACUAGACAGACUUCGGUUACGCCGGGAUUGAGGUACAGGAAUUUGGGGAAGAGUGGAUUGAGGGUGUCUAAUAUCGGUCUCGGCACUUGGCCAACUUUCAGUCCUAAUUUAACUGAAGAGCAAGCGGAGCAAAUAAUUGUAUUGGCUGUGGAAAGUGGAAUAAACGUCUUCGAUUUAUCAGAAGCUCAUUCAGGUACACGAGCUGAAGUAGAAUUAGGUAGAAUUUUAUCGAGAAAAGGAUGGAAAAGGACGAGUUAUAUUGUGACUACAAAAAUUUAUUGGAGCACGAGAUCGGAAGAACGCGGUUUGUCACGUAAACACAUCAUAGAAAGCGUCAAAGCGAGUCUGGUUCGACUGCAAUUGUCUUAUAUCGAUGUCGUCAUCGUUCACAAAGCCGAUCCGAUGUGUCCAAUGGAAGAGGUGGUUCGAGCUAUGCAUUACGUCAUCUGUCAGGGUUGGGUGAUGUAUUGGGGUACGGCGCGUUGGUCACCCGUCGAAAUAAUGGAAGCCUACACCAAUUGCAGACAAUUCAAUUGCGUCACACCAAUAGUCGAACAAACCGAAUAUCACAUGUUCUGUCGCGAAAAAACCGAACUUUACAUGCCGGAACUUUACAACAAAAUAGGAGUUGGUUUGAUGGCUUGGUCGCCGAUCUCUAUGGGGUUCACUCAAGGUCGCGACGACGGAAGCGGAAGCGGAGGCGGUGGUAGCGUUCAAUUAUUUUCGCGCGCUAGUUUUAAAAAUAAAUACAGCUCCUUCUCGUGGACUGAGGAUGAAACUACCGCCGCCAAUAAAGAGAGUUACAGUUGGAUGAAAGAUAGGCUGCAACCGGACGAGUCGAGAAAACAGGCGGACAAAAUACGGGAGCUGAGCGCGUUGGCGGAAAAAUUGGGAUGUUCUUUGUCCCAAUUGGCCAUAACAUGGUGUUUGAAGAACGAGUCCGUUCAAUGUUUAUUGUUAGGGGCUAAUUCGGUCGAUCAGCUCUACGAAAGUAUACAAUCCUUACAGUUGAUUCCGAAACUUAACACAAAUAUGGUAGCCGAAAUCGAACGUAUUUUAGAAAAUAAACCGACCCGACCUCCGAUGGUAUCCACUUUGGCUCUAAGAUGACAAUCAAUGUGCCCCCCCGGUUCCAUAAGUGGUAAUCAGGGUGGCACUAGCGCGGCCUGCAGCCCCAAAGGCGACGAAGUAAGUAACGCCGACACCGACGCCAAAGAAACCCAAAAACUUCCGUUCUGCGAAAUUCAGUGACAAAAGGCCACCGAGUUUGUAAAAACUCGUAAAAGUAAAACUCCCGAUGAAAAACCGACGGUAAAAGAGAAGGUCAGAUGGUCUUAUAGCCCCGAUGAAGGUCCGAAAUGCACAACCGAAACGUUCAUUACAAGAAAAAAGGAAAAGAAAAUAGCUUCGAGUCCGGUGCCGGUAUGAAAACGGAGGAAUUUCGAGGACGAGGUGCUCAUUUGAAAUAUUUGUUUCUUAAUAAUGUUAAUCGUCAUUUUAGCCACGGCGGCGUUUUAUAUAAAACGCCAAACUGCUUGUUUUUGUCGAUUUUUAAAAUUUUUGAUCGAAAAAAAAAUGAAUUUUAUCGCUAAAAGGACUAUAAAUUUAGUCCAGAACUGAAUAUAGUUCCAUAAUAAAGUAAACGCGAUUUAAAUAAUAUAAUACAAUUUUUAGAGAAAUAAAAUUACGUACGCCACUGAUUAAAUACGAUCUAAGCUAUCGCAAUACCCACGACUUUCGAACGUUAUCGCUGCUUAUUUGUUUCAGGAAAGUUUUCCAAGUAACAAGUGUAACAAGUAACAACAAAAAAAAAUCCACCACUAUCGGAGUAGUUUUUAUACUGUAUAUAAAAAUCUGAUUUUAAACAAAACAAAAAUUAGAAUAAAACGUAUUUAUAGUAAUGUGGGUGGAGCCUACAACGUCACUUGUCAAACAAUCAUGGCGAUCUAUAAAACAAUGUUUUCUAAUAAUACAAAUUCAUGUUAAAAAAAAUUCAUCUAUUAAUAUGAAGACUUGAUAAAAAAAUAUCGCGACGUGAAUUUCCCUCUGGACUAGUUAUUAUUUGAAUUAAUAUCGUUACAGUUUCGUAUCAUAAUAUGGCGUAUUAAAUACACUCAGUGACGUAUGCAGUUUUACGAGGGGUAUACUAUAUUAUACAAUUAGUGUUCUUAUUUGUAAAUAUAUAUGAAAUUUAAAUUGUAUUAAACAAACUUGAAAUAAGGUAACGAUAAACCUCUGUGAAUAUUUGUGAUUCGAACUAAAUUUAAAAAUAACAACGAUCUUUUUGUCCAAUAUAAUUGGUAUAAAUAAAUUUGGUGAUGGAAUGUUGUAUUUCAACGAAAGUUGUUCGUGUACAGGAAUAUAUUGUAGAUUAAAAUGAAAAAAUAAUUCGAUAAGUUUAUUUCGAAGACAUUCUAUGGUUGUACUUCAGUAUAUUUCCGAUCAGUUUAGCGUUUUCCAGGUCGUAAAAUCCAUUUAUCGAGACUAAGUACUUCUCGUUUACUCUAUUUUCCAUAGAUUGACUUCCGGUUCCGCUUUUUGAACUUGAUUUUCGAAGGGUAAAGUUUUAUUUUAGGCUAUUUUGGGGGGAUGGGGGCUUUGCAGAAGGGGAGAAAGAUGUGCAUGAAGAAAAAAGUCGAAAAUAAUGGUUGUUUCAAACAUUAUUAACAUUCAAAUUCGUGUGUCUCUUGUUGUUAAUCAGACUGAAGCGAUGGAAAAUUUCUUUUGGGUAGGUUUACUUUAGCUUUUAAUAGGUUAGGUUUCCUUUAGCGUUGAUAAGACUUCAUUUACAAAAUGUAACAAAAGUGUCUCGUUUAUGUCAAUUUUUGACUUUUUAUCUUUUCGCAACUGUGAUAUUUUUUUUAAAUAAUUAUAAAAUGAGUUUUUGGGAAGUUUUACGAUGAUGAAGUUGUCCAUUUGGUCAGAAACGUUCUUUUAUUUCAAAAAAUAUUUUUAUUCUUUAUUUGUAUUUAAAAUAAACGCUUAAAUCAAUUUUUUUCUCAAAAUGCGACACAAAAAUUAUUAAACCAACCAAUUUUCAAAAAUUUGGAAUAAAAUUGGUGCUACUUCGAUGACAGCUGUCAAAUUCUGUUUCAUUCUUUUUUCAACAAAUAUAGCUGAAAUUAGAGCUAAAGUGUCAUUUGUAAGAAAGUUUUCAAAACAAUUUUUGAAAUCAAUUGAAAAUGUCGAAAAAAAAAUCAAUUUCAUCCGAUUGGCAACUGUCAAAAUUAGUUUUUAACGUCAAAAAUCAAUUAAAUCAGUUUGAUGACAAAAAAAUGAAAGCUGUUAAAAUCUUUGACAUUUCUAGAAAUCAGUUACAAAUUGCGAAAUUUCCGCAUUUUCAUUACAUUUUAGCAAUAAUAUUCUUAAAACAGCUCACAAAUGUUUGCAAUUUUGAAAAUCAUCAAUUCAACAAUUAUUUGAAAUGGAUCAAAUUCUUUUUGAAAAAUUUAAGAUUCUUUACAAAAUUAUUAGACAAUAAUAGAAAAAUGUAGCGUUAAUAAAAGCUAAUCGAAUUGGAUGGCUUUGUAAUAAUAUCUAACUAACAACACCUUUUAACAACAUGUGACAGAAAAAAACAUCAAAAUAUAAUUAGUAAAAUAUUAACCAAACUUGCCUGAAUUGAGGUUUAAUAGUAAUAGGGUUCGAUUAGAUUCAAACUUCGUUUUUAUAUUUUUUCACUAUAUAAAACAAUUUUUUGAUUAAAAUUUAGGAAUUUUCACCCACGCAUUGUAAAAAGCUUAAAAUACUACUCUUACAUGUUUUUACCACAUACGCCAUAUUGGAAACAUUUUGACACGUCGUUGGAACUUUUAGAAUACAACUCCUUUUUUAAGAUCAGAUUGAUUAUGUCUAAGAACUCAUAUAACGGAAAUUUCGUGUAUCUGCGCAGAUUCGUAAAAUCAACCAACUUACUUUAUACAAAAUAAUUUUAAGUAAAUAUCAAUACUACUUUUAUCUAAAAUUAAUAUUUGUUUCAUUUAAAAAUCAUGUUUACAACUAGUUUAACAAUAUUUUAUUAUUUACAAUAUAUUUAAAAAUAUUUAUGCACGCCACAAGGUAACAGUAGCCACUUCGAUUUGACUUCAUGUGUUUGUUAUAUUUUGUGUGUUUGUCGGGUAUGACGUCAUUUUUAGAGAGAAGCGAUACGUUAUUAAAAUGCUGCUUUGUACAAAUUGUUGUUAGGCAAACACUCGCAUUUAACAUUCUCUUUUUUGAUAUUUCUAAUGUUUCUUUGUAAUAGUUGUAUCAAAAUUAUGAAAAAUUACGAUAAACGUUUUACUUUAGUGAAAUUUCGGAAUAUUAAUAAGAAUUUUAAAUAUUCUAUACAUUUUUAAUAUACAGGGUAGUCAAAUAAGAUGCAGGUUACACGUUAUAUGAUAAUAUGACAAAAAAUGGCAAUAUCUUUGAACAAUUUUCGAGAUAUUAUACAAGGUAUAGUAAAAGAAUCUAUUAAAUCUAUUUUUUCUAAACAGAACAGGAAUAACCCUAAUUAAGUAUAUUUGAUAUUUAUAUCUGAGUUCAAAUAAUUAAAAAUGUUUGCAUAGUUAUUGAAAAUUUACCAAUUCAUUAAUUUGAUCGAUUGAAAUUGUAUUUUUUCACCAUUUUUUUUUGUUUUUGGAAAACUUUUUACAAAACACGAAAAAAUUUCGAGAUUUUUCCAAUUUAAACCAUUAUUUCACGUUUUCUAAAAGAAAUAUAACUUGAAGAGGAAUCACGUAAGAUUCGAAACACUUUUUGAUUAUAAAAAUAAUUAGUAUUAGAAUUAAUAAAUAUACAUCAGAAUAACAAUGUUGUCAUUUAACAAAUUCAAAGACACACCUUGUAUACUUUAUUAUUCUCCGUGUAAAAACCCUCCCUGUAUGUCACCAAGUACAAUAUCUCAUUUAUAUUAAUAUAAAUGAGAAGUAAGAUAGUUUUUUUUCAACCCUGUAUGCAUACGUCAUACAACUGAUUUAGCUAUUGAUUUAUUUUUAACCAAUAUCUACCUAUAGUUUGUAAUUUUAACAUAUCGCCAUUAGCAAUAAAUAACACCCUAUUUUCAAACUGAAUAAAAUUCUGUUGACUCGUCUUUAUUAUAUAUUAUUGUUAUAAAUUUAUUGUUGAUCUUUUGUACAUAUAUAUUAUCUCUUAAAUAAAUUGUUUAACGUUUAAGUUAAAUGUAUUUGUGAGCGCGCCAAAUUUUAUAAACAAAGGAUAAUUAAAUUAAUAAACAUUCCAUAGUCCGAUUAAAGUUAUAACCACACUUUUUUCUUUAAGAGUUGUCUCUAUGGUGAAUACUGCCUGUGUUAAAACGACGAGAACCUUCUUUUCGACGUUGCCAGAGUGUGUGUGUUUUACGUUAAUUUUUUUUUAAAUUUUUUAUUCAUUGUUGAUAAUAGAUGAUUUAGUUAAAUAAUUUGUGGCACUCACUGUUUAUAUCGUGUACAUAACGUGUAAAUAUAUAAUUUUAAAUAA